GGUGGAGCCUGCUCAGAUGGGGAAGUGAACAAGUCCUGUGUUUGCAGUUGCCGUGUCUGGUGGUCAUAUGAGUUGCGGCUCUUAAAAGAAUGGGAAAGAUGAACUCUCUCAAUAGUCAGAGUUCCAAAUUAGAAACUAGCCAGCUACUAUGCAAAAGCAACAAAGAGUGGAUGGCACAGCUGCCAGAAAAGCUGCAGGACAUUCCUCUCUACAACAUGGCCUUGCCAGGCAGCCAUGAUGCGAUGAGCUACUGUUUAGAUAUAAGUUCACCAAUAGAUCGCUCAGAGUCUCAACUUUUACAGUCACUAGAUAAAUGUGUGCCAUGCAUUACACGUCCACUAAUCUACAAGUGGUCUACAACACAGGAAUUAAGUAUCAAAGAGCAGCUGAAUGCUGGGAUAAGGUACCUGGAUCUGAGGAUUUCCCACAAACCAAAUGACACCUCUGAUAAAUUGUAUUUUGUGCAUGGAAUCUUUACAGAGGUGACUGUACAGGAUAUUCUGAAGGAAAUUGCAGUGUGGUUACAACAUCAUAAAAAGGAAGUCAUUAUUCUUGCCUGCAGAUGUCUUGAAGAACUGAACCCAGAACAGCAUCUUAAUCUGGUUAAUUUAUUAAUAACAACAUUUGGAAACAUGAUAUGCCCCAAACAAGAGUAUCCAACCCUAAAUACUUUGUGGCGGCAUGGCUAUCAGGUUAUUAUCUCCUAUGAGAAUGACAUUGAGAAGCAAUACAAACAACUGUGGCCUGCAGCACCUUAUUGGUGGGGUAAUACUGUGGACCCUCAAGAACUUCUCAAUUACUUGGAAAAGCAGAAACAAAAAGGACGCCCAGAACAAUUUUUUGUUGCUGGGAUUAACCUGACAGAGGAUUUGUCAUUCAUCAUGUGUCAUCUCUGUGAGUCAUUAAAGGAAAUUACACUAUCAAAUCAGCACUAUUUUAUUCCUUGGGUAAAGAACCAGACACCAGGAGAUGGAAAGAAAUGCAUUAACAUAGUUGCUGCAGACUUUAUAGACAGUGGCUCCUUUGUGAAUGAUGUAAUUGCUCUGAAUGAGAAACUUUUGCAGUAGAUAUUCACUAAACUUAUGAGCAAAAUGUUAGUGCCCUUUGCAGCUAUUUAUUGUCACAGAAUAUUACAUCAUGACUGGGCUGUUCUUGGUUACGUUAAACACUGGUCAUGGGUUAAAAAUUGACUUUGACAUGAAAAUCAGAGGCACACAAAUAGUUACUAAAGUAAUAAUACCAGUCUUAUAUAUGCUUGAAAUAUAUGCUCCAUUAUACAAACUGAUGCCUAAAGGAACCAUAUACUAUAAUAAGGGAAAGAGUUUCCUUGGCUGAAGCAAUACUGUACCUUUGCCUCUCUGCCUGUACAAAAUUCAAUUGACUAACAGAAAAAUCCAUACAGUGAUACUGGCUAGAGGCACAGAAUAACUUACAGGAUAUUGUUGUUGUGAACUUGAGAGGUACAAAACAUAAAACAAUGGUAGUUUUGUCAGUCUGUUAACCUGUAAAUGCUUGUUUCAACAUCCAUUUUCGAACUUCCAGAAAGAAGCACCCCCUUUUAAGCUUAUACUAGAAAUAAAACUAUGAUAUGAAAGACAAAAAGAAAGAAUUAAAGUUUCAAACAGCAAUGCUAUAUUGCAUAUAUAUUUUGCAGAACUGUUUGCAGCUGAUUUUCCUUUUCAGCUAUUGCCUGUUGUCAAGCAAUAUAGGUUUCAUGUUGAAAUUAUAUGGCAUUACACAAUUGUACAAUAGAUAGCAAAAGACUAGAUAACAUUGGACAUAUUUAAUAAUGGUCAAGUGGAAAUAUAAUAGUUCAAGGAAAUGACAAACUUGCAGAAAUUAGUGGUCAUUGUUUUGACUAACAUCUUGGGUUUAAUUUAUUUAAAAGGAUGUGCUAUAUACUCAUUACCUCAGUCAAAAUAUGAGGGACUUUAUUUAAAUCUAUUUCUAUGAAAAGUAAAUCUGUAUUCGGGAUGUAAAGUUUGAUGUUCAUUCUGAUUUGUUUGAUCCUGUCAAUGAUUCUGCUAACAUUCUGUCAACUGUGGCUUUAGAAAUCAACACAGACCCUAAGGCUGCUGAAAGAGUAAAAAAAUAGCGCUUUAAGCUUAGCAGUGUUACAAGAAUGACCUUUAUUACUAUCUUUGCCAGUUCUAUUCCCAUAAAGAAGAUUAACUGCAUACCGGACAGUCUAUUUGAUGAUUGGUUAUCCCUGAAAUUAUAGGAAAAGAUUGGCUGCUAAACUUCUAGCUGCAUCAGUAUGAAUUAAACUUCAGAGCCAGUGAAAUUAUAAAUAUCAGAAUUUUAGCAAAACUGGUCAUCUGGGGCAUAGUGGUAUUUCUAAAGAUGCAAAAAAAUAUUAUUCAACUGUAUUCUAGCUAGUUUUAUAUUUUCUACUCUCUUUAAGAACAAAGACAACAGUGUUUCUUUUCUCGUACUACCUCAACAUUUAGAAAUGUGCCACCACAAGAUACCUCAUUAGGCCCUGGCAUGUAUAAUUUUAAUGUCUGCAUUGAGUAACCAGGAUAAUAGUAAUAUUCAAGUAUGAUAGAAAAAACAGGUACAAAAUAAAAAAAAAUGGCAUUCUACCUCAAAGUAUGGCACAUUAGUCAUUCUUAUGUGCUGAUAUUAUAUACUUCCAUGCACGUGAAUAUUUAAGAAACAAAUUUGUUCAGGAUCAGUUAUUUGUAACAAAUGCCAAACAACAUUUUAUUUCUCACAGAGCCAAAUGAUAUGCUUUAAAUUGUGCCUGCUCACCUUCUUUCAUUGCUUUCCACAUUGCCAGGUGGCUUGCAGUAUUUUCAAACUGACAUUUAAUAAACAGAGAUAAGUAUUCAACGUACUGUAGUGGCAAUUUCAUAUUUUAUAUUGAAUUUACAUAUGGGUACAUUGCAUAUCAAAAUAUUUUCUAUUACUUUCUGCUCUACUAAUUUUAGGAAAAAUCAAUUUACUCCAGGUCAAUAUAUUUUUUUAACUGUGCAAUGUCAGUUAGUUACAUUGUUCAGAAAACUGCCUGGACAGUAACUUAUCUGAAUCAUUUUGAGAUGGAUCUGAUAUUGGGAUGAUGUUGUCAUUCUUGGUAUUUUCUGUUUUCAUUACUUUCAUUAUUUUAUUUUCAUUAUGAUGAGAAAUAUGCUACUGAAAGAAAAAAAAACGUCCUGACCAUAGUCUGAUCUGAUGCAAACAAUACAUUUAUAAAAUAAAUCAUGAAAAGUU